AUGUUUCAACUGUUCGCGCUGAUCGUUUAUAUAUAUUCUGUUUAGGGUCUGCGACGUUUCCUUUUGGGUGUUACAAAUAUCGUGGCAAACUUAACAUACCCUGUUCAGGGUAAAAUAAUGUCUACUUGUAUAUUGUUUAUAUGACCUUCCGUCGUAUUGGGAAUGCACCCCGUCUCGCACGAAAUGAUAAUAGGUUAUGCUACAUAUGUUUCUAAAAAACUUAUUUAAAACUCAAAUAUGUUUGCCAUUUAUUUGUAAAAUAAAUCAUAGAAAAGAUUACUUGUUUGCUUUGCUGCGUAUCUGUUAUUACCAAGCAAAUUAAGUCAAAUUAUUAUAAAAGUGUAUGUGAAAACUAUGUAAGUUCACGCAUAUGGAAUACAAACAUGAUAUUAUUGACGGAUUUUAGUUGCAGAGAUACAACAAUUAUUAUAACAUAUAUACAUGUGAACUAAGGUGAAUCCAUCAGUAUAUAAAGAAUGUGAAUUUGGUAAUAUAUAUACCCGACAUAAAAACUUUUAAGUUUGUAUAUGAACUAACACUAAGAUAACUAUGUACAUAUAAUGUUCAAACAAAUUUAAAGUCAAAAAGAGACUUUAGUUUCAUUUGGAUUGCUAUUUAAACAACAGUGUUGUCCUCUUAAACCCGAAAAUAAGCGUUGGUUAUAAAUCUACCAAAAUUAUUACAUAAUAAUGUUGGAAGCCGAAACAAAGCACAAAUCCGAAGCUACCGAAUAUGAAACUUCUGAAUUUGUUGAUCCUUAUUUAUGUUCUUUAAGUCCAGCGCUGAAAUUAAUCGCAAGAGCAGAACUGCACGAAGAUGAUAAUAUACGCCACCAAGCCCUACAUCAGUUUCGUGAAUGGAUAUCGAAGCACCCGCGAAUCAAAAAGUGUCGUACAGAUUCCCUUUUCUUACUACGAUUUUUAAGAACAAAAAAGUUCUCUGUUUCGGAAGCAUGUGAAAUGCUUGAACGGUAUUUAACUAUACGUCAAUUAUUCCCACAAUGGUUUUCAAAUCUAGAUAUUUUGGAUCCAACUAUCAACGAAAUUUUCAAUAACGGGUACCUAGUACCCCUGCCACAGAGGGAUGAUAAGGGCAGACAAAUAAUACUAUCGGUGGCAAAAAAUUUUGAUCCAUAUAAAUACACUUCUGCUCAGAUGGCGCGUGUGCACUCAUUGAUAUGUGAAGGUUUAUUAGAUGAUGAACCGUCACAAGUGGCUGGCUAUGUAUAUGUUAACGAUGAAAGUGGGAUAAAUAUGGGUUUUGCAAGUCUUUGGUCUCUUUCAGAUUUAAGAAAUAUGGUUAAAUGUAUACAAAACUCUACUCCAAUGCGUCAUAAAGCAACACAUUUUGUUAAUAUACCACAUUUUGCGAACCGUAUUAUCGAAUUAGGAGUAUCAUUACUUAGCGAAAAACUAAAAAACCGUAUAACUAUACACAAAUCGGUGGAUGCAUUGAAAGAGAGAGUUAAACCUGAAAUCCUUCCAAAAGAAUAUGGGGGUAGCAUUCCUAUGGCAGAUAUUAUAAAGGACUUUAAAUUGAAACUUCUUCAAAAACGAGCUUCUAUAUUAGCCCUUGAUGAAAUGUGCAUUGAAUUAACUAAAGACUGUAACAGCCCAUCAAUAAAGAUUAUUAGCGACAUUGAUGGUGGAGUUAUAGGAAGUUUCCGAAAGCUGGAGGUUGAUUGAACAAUAGAGCCCUCAAUGAUGUUAAUUAAAGACCACAAACAUAUUUGGUAUAAUGUUUUUUUUAAAAAGUUAUAUUUUUUAUUUUAAAAAGUCGUUAUUGUAAAUACAAUACAAUCAUUGUCUUGUUGUUAUGUUAAUGUUGUGCAUAACUUGAGAAUUGCA